GGGCGGGGCUCGGCGAGCCCGCCCCGCCAACCACGCCCCCUCCCCAGCUCUGUUCCCCGCAGUUGAAGCUGAGCGCCUGGUGGAGCGGAGCGGAUAGUCAGGUCAGCCAUGUCAUCUGAGCCUCCUCCUCCAUCCCAGCCCCCCACCCACCAGUCCUCGGCUGGGCUGCUGGACACCCAACAGGCCCGGGAUCGCUCACCGUCCCCGCUUCGGGGCAACGUGGUGCCGAGCCCACUGCCCACUCGCCGCACCAGGACCUUCUCAGCGACGGUGCGGGCCUCCCAGGGCCCUGUCUACAAAGGAGUCUGCAAAUGCUUCUGUCGGUCCAAGGGCCACGGCUUCAUCACCCCGGCUGACGGCGGUCCCGACAUCUUCCUGCAUAUCUCCGACGUCGAGGGGGAGUACGUCCCCAUGGAAGGCGACGAGGUCACCUAUAAGAUGUGCUCCAUCCCGCCCAAGAACGAGAAGCUGCAGGCCGUGGAGGUGGUCAUCACCCACCUGGCGCCGGGCACCAAGCACGAGACCUGGUCCGGCCACGUCGUCAGCUCCUAGGAGCGGCCGGAGGCACCCUGGCUCCCUGGCUCUCGGGAGGCCCCGGGGCAGGAGGAGGCAGGACCAGACGGGAGAGGACAACUGUGCAGCUUGAGAUGGGGCGUCGGAAAGGGGGGGAGCGAAGUCCCUGUCAAGUGUCUCCUGGAGGAAGGGGUUGGAGACGGGGGCGGGCACGGGGGUGCCCUCGGCCACCAGCACAGCCUCCGACCACCGACCACCGCAAGCAACACCUCACCAUCUGAAAAACAUUAAAAGCAUUGAAAAAGGA